CAGACCACGGUGCUGUCGUGCCACCCGAAGCCAGCCUCGACUGCUGCACAUCGGAACAAGGCUCCCUGUCGCAUGCGGACCUCGUUGCUUGCCUUUCUCGAUUGCUUUUCGCCAAUACCAUGAAUAAAGUCGGGGAACCCACUUGCAUGGACUGGGCCAUGGAGCAGGGCCGGUCCUUCGAUGACGGGGAGAGCGACAGUCCCUUGAACCCCCUGGUCUCAAAGCACUCAACGCCUGCUGCAACGGCGCAGGGAGGACAGUCCCCUGGCUCGUUCCGCCGAAACGGCGUGGUGCUAGACUUGAAUGUCCGCUCCCUAUUUAGCAUAAGCGCCGCACGCAGCCCGCAGAACCGCAGCCGUACGCCGGACAGAUAUCAACGAGGUAAUUCGCCAACGCCAAACCGGAUGAGCAACAACACGGCCGGCAGGGGCCACGGACUACUCAUACCCCCGUCACUGUCCGACUUGUCCUUACGAUCGGCCAGUUCCAGAACCUUCUGGCAGAGCCGGUCCAGCACCCCGAGCAGGAAACGCAGCUUGGAGCUGAACUUGUUUGACGGCUCGCCGCAAUCCAAGCGACGUUUCGUGACAGAGAUGAACAACAGCACGGGGGCGUCCUUACGGUACUCGGCCCCGUGCGUUCAGCCUAGUUUAUUGGACGGGGCUGCGCGCCGUAGAGGGGUUGGGCUCUAGAGGAGAAGCGACGCUACCAUGCAGUCCAUCAUUCCCAUGGGGUCGAAUGACACCAGUUUGCCGCCCAUUGCUUCCUACUUCGGCGCAGAAUGGGAGAAGGUUGGAGGAAUAGUGGACGAGGCGUUCCCCGACUUCUUCUGCCCUGUUCCCCUGGCAAACUCAUACCACGGAGCUGAUAGCACAUCCACACCGCCGGAGAAGCCAGAAGUACGCAAGGGGAAAGGGUACUAGUUUUGGAGCCUGGCC